CCUCCGUGACCUGACGUAACGUGACGUAACGUGACGUGACGUGGAGCCCAAAACAAACCGAAGAGACGAGACCAGCGCCGCACGGACCCGCAGACAUGUCCUCCGGGCCCGGCAAGGGGAGCUCCGAGCCCUGGGGCAGCUUCGAGGAGAGCGUCAUGCAGGGCGGGGGCUCGGCCGUCAUCGACAUGGAGAACAUGGACGACACUUCGGGCUCCAGUUUCGAGGACAUGGGCGAGAUCCACCAGAGGCUGAAGGACGAGGAGGAGAACCCAGAACCAGACCCAGAACCGGACCAGGACCAGGACUUCCUGAAGGGCUUCAAAGGUCAGCUGGGCCGGCAGGUCGCAGACGAGGUGUGGGAGGCGGGGAAGCGUCAGGCGUCGAAGGCAUUUAAUCUUUACGCCAACAUCGACAUCCUGAGGCCGUACUUCGACGUGGAACCGGGACAAGUCCGGACCAGGUUGCUGGAGUCCCUGAUCCCUGUGCGGAUGGUCAGCUUCCCCCAGAAAAUCGCGGGCGAGCUGUACGGGCCUCUGAUGCUCGUCUUCACUUUAGUCGCCAUUUUACUGCAGGGAAUGAAAACGUCCAACACACAGAUCAUCGGGGGCACACUGAUGGGCACGGCCAUCGGCACAUGUUUCGGUUACUGGUUGUGUGUGUCUGGGCUCGUGUAUUUUUUGGCGUAUCUGGUGAACGCUCAGAUCACGAUGCUGCAGACGCUCGCGCUGCUCGGUUACGGUUUGUUCGGUCACUGCAUCGUGCUCUUCGUCACCUACAACAUUCACUUCCACUUCCUCUUCUUCUUCCUCUGGAUCCUCAUCGGAGGAAUGUCCACCCUGCGCAUGGUGCUGGUUCUGGUCUCUCGGACCGUGGGUCAGACUCCUCGGUUGGUUCUGUGUGGUUCUGUGGCGGCGCUUCACCUUCUGUUCCUGCUCUACCUGCACUUCUCCUACCACAGCAUCGUACAGGGUUUGAUGGAGACUCUGGAAAAUGGGAAUCACUUUGAGCCGAUGCAGCGAGUCGCUCGAGACGUGUCCCAGAUCACACUCAACGCCACCGCGAUGGCCCUGUCACACUGAGCGCCUGACCGCACCUGUCCCCCUGACUGCACCUGUCCACCUGACCGCACCUGACCGCACCUGACCGCACCUGUCCCCCUGACUACACCUGUCCCCUGUCUUUAAAGGUUGGUUUAGUCCAGAGCUCACCCUGACACAGACCUGAUCCAUAUGAGCUGAUCAGAGCCCAGCUGCGUUCUGAUCGGCUGUCGGGUGUGUGGAGCAUUCUGAUUGGCUGUUGGGUGUUUAGAGUGUUUUGAUUGGCUGUCGGGUGUGUGGAACGCUCUGAUUGGCUGUCGGAGGCAGGGCUGUGUGCUGAUUGGACACUGAAGCAGCCUUUAAAAGAGACUUUACAAAAAGAAAAAAAAAAGUGACUUCUGUUCUGGACUUUUGGGGUAAAUUGUGUUUUUCUUUAGUUUCUGUAAAAUGUCGUUUGUUUUUGGUGAUUUUUAUCAAAUAAAGUGAACUUCAUUGUGA